AUGUGUGUACGGUCGGGCAGAUGUUCGGGGGACGUCGAACUGUCUGUCCAACAGUUCUACGGUAACCUGCUCGGCACAAGACUAGCAUUGUACUCCGAACGCGCUUCAUCUGCUGCAGACGGUGUGUCGUGCUGCGCAACAAGUACAGAGGAGAGACGCCGACAAGACGUUAUCAUGCGGCUUUCCUUCAACGUCGGAGUCGUACUGAUCAUCGUCCUGGCCUCUGUCUGCGAGCAGCUGCUACAGCACUCGGUCGCGAUCAACUCGCCAGCCAAGAAGACGAGCGACGGAUCGUUCAGCGUAUGGUUCCGUGCCGAACCAGGUCUGCCCCGCAAGAAGGACAUGAAAGUCGACAAGCUCAACCGACUCAUCGGAGCCGAUUACAACGAAAUGUGGAUGAGCAAAACGGCAAUCGUAAUAACGGCAAACCGUGGUAACACGUCGGGCGCUGCCGGCGUCAAGUCAUUGGAGACGACUGGACCGGACAACCUACAGCUUCCGGAACGACUUCCGGUACAGUACCAUGAGAUGAUGCACACGUGGUUGGUGCACCGGAGCAAGUGUCCUGUCGAAUACGAGUGGGCAGACCUGGGCAAGUCGUUUUGGCCCAGGUGGAUAAAAAAGGGUCGAUGCGGUCGUUCGGAAACGAUGAGCUGCAGUUGGCCGCCGGGUAUGUCAUGCAUGCCUUCGUCCAUCAGAGUACUCAACCUGUUGCGGUGGCAUUGUUGGUUAAAAAACAGAAAAAAUAAGAGGAAAAAUCGGGAAAGAAAAACUAUGGAAUUGGAGUUCAACAAGAAGAGAGUUCACGCGGCAAGGGGCAGGAGAGGCGCACGUCAGAGGAAAAGUAAAAAAAAGGACGAUAAGUUCAGAUGUCUGUGGAUUAAAGUACCUUAUCCGGUGACCGAAGACUGUACGUGUUCGUGUAAAAAACUUGACGAAUAA